AUGAAAACAGUUUUGAUAGUAAUUGCUUUAUGUUUAGUUGGUGCAACAUCGAUAUCACCAUAUACUAAAUUGAACUAUUCUAAAUAAAGAUCAAUGGCAGCUGUUUUAGCUGAAGUAGAGUCGAAGAUGGAAACAAACUCUCCAUUGGAUGCAGUUUUGAAUGUUUUAAAAUAAUUCAGAGAUGCAGUAAAUGUAGAAUAAGUAAAUCAUGAUUAAAUUUACAAUAUUGAAUAUAGUGAAUGUGAUUCAGAGUUUGAAUUUAGAAAUAAAGAAGUUGAGGAAGCUUCAAAUGUAGUUAGAGAUUCAACUGCUUAGUUGAAUAUAUGCAAAACCUCUAAAAUUAGAACAAUUAAUUAAUAAGAAGUUAAUUAAUAAUAAUUAUUCACAUAUUAAGAACAUUUAACAUUAGUACUUUAAACUGCUGAAAGUGAAUAAGGAUAUUUUAAAAAAAGAGGAAGAGAUUAUGAAGAUUCACUUCAUGCUAUUGAUGAAGCACUUGAUAUAUUAUCAGGUAUUGCUAAUGGUAAAAGAAGUUUUGUUGAUUUAAGUAGUGUAAGUAAAAUGAUGUUAUAGACUUCAUUUAACAUUUAGUAAACAAUUAUUUAUGCUCCUAUUUUUUAUGCAUUUUCAUAAUUAGCAUCAUAAGAAGAUUCUGCUGAUCCCAGUUAGAUUGAAAGAGUAGAAUAAUUGUUAUUACAAUUAAGAGAAAACAUAUAAGAUACCUAUAAUGAAUUUAUUGCUUCAAAUUCUGCUUCAGUUGCUGCUUUUAAUGAUUAGAAGGAAAGAAUAAAUGUGAUCUUAAAUAGAUUAUCAAAUUAAGAUGAAAAAUUAUAAGAUAAAUUGGAUCAUUUAAAUUAAUGUAUAGGAACUUAAUCAGCUAUUGUAUAAGCAGCUUCAACAAAGUUAGAAAGAAAUCAACAACUAUGGGAUUAAGCUGUUGCAUUAUGUGAUACAUUUUAAAUUGAAUAUUAAAAUGCUUCUAGAUCAAGAAGAUUAGAAAUGUCACUGAUUACUGAAUUAGAAGAAUAAGUCAUUAAAAGAUUCUAGUAAGUAUAAGAACAAAAGCGACCUAGAAUGCUUAGAUUUGCCAAACUUAAAUAUUGA